UGUCCUAGUGACUGCCAUUAGCUUUCCUGCGCCUGGUCUCCAGAGGAACUGGGCCGUGUUGUGUUGUGUUGUGUUGUCGAACUUGCCACCACCUCGUCUGAAAGUCAGAGCCAUGUGGAACCAAGGGGACAGUGGCGAGCAGACGGGUCAGGUGACCGCCAGGAUGGAGACCACGCCGCCGCUGGGGAGCGCCAGCAUCUCCGUCUCCCAGCAGCAGGCGCCCAAGAAGUUUGCCCCCAUGGUGGCGCCCAAGCCCAAGUUCAACCCGUACAAGCACGCGGGAGAGGCCGCCUUCUCGGAGCCCGCGGCGGACUACCCUCUUCCUCCGCCGCCCGCAGAAGACACCAGCCGCCUCCCGUCCUCCUUCCCUCCUCCCCCGCCCGCCAACUCCUACGAUUACCAGGUGGGAGGAGCCGGGAAGACGCUGGAGGAGCGACGCUCUAGUCUGGACGCUGAGAUCGAUUCUCUGACCAGCAUCCUGGCAGACCUGGAGAGCAGCUCACCUUACAAGCCUCGACCCGCCCAGACCACUGGACCCUCCACCGUGUCCACCCCCAGUGCCCCGGUGACGGGCUACAGGCGCAUGGUCAUACCCACCCAGCCGCCUCUCACCGCCACCAAGAAGUCCACGCCCAAACCUCAGGCCCUGGGCAGCGGCGGCGGCUCGUACACGCUCCCGGCCAAGCUCCAUCAUCAAAGCCCGGCGGCGUCUCAGCCGGUGGCCGCCUCCUACGCCACCGCCUCCACGCCCAGCCAGCCCACCUUCAACGUCCAGGUGCGGUCGGCCCAGCCCAGCCCGCAGCACCAGGCGCCCAGCGGGCAGCACCUCGGCCAGCAGCAGCAGCAGCCGCCGCGUGGCCCCGCCCAGGUGCAGUACGCCCAGCCCAAAGGACCCGACUUCGCCUACGGGCCACCUCAGCCCGGCUUCUCCCCGCCGACUCAGGGCGGCUACCAGGAGCAGCACCAGCAGGGCCUCAGGAGGGCCGACCCCUACCAGGCGGCAGGACCCAAGAAGACCUACAUCACGGACGAGCCGCAGAACCUGACCCCGUACAUGUCUGGACCUGUGGUCCCACCAAAGAGCGCCGUCCCCGUGGCCCACCCCGAGGACGAGCUGGAGCGCCUGACCAAAAAGAUGCUCUUUGACAUGGACAACCCUCCGUCAGAGGAAUACUUUGAACCUCCCAAGCUCCAUCAGACUGAAUGA